AUGAACUGGCAGAAGCAACGACAGCAUGUUCUCGAUCGGCUCGCUUUUUUGCCAGGCGGUACCGACCGUGAAGGCAAUGCUCUUCUAGUCGUCUCCACAUCACAAGUUCAAGAAUGCUCCUACGAAAACUUGGUUUCUCUUCUGGCACUUCUAUCAGAUACUCUCCCUCCUUCAACCCUAUUCACAGUACUUCUAGACACAAGGCAUAUUCAUUUGAAGCAGUUAAAGUUCUAUUUGAGAGCAUGUCAGCAAGCCCUGUACAAGAAAAUGAGACAGGUGUUGAUAAUUCAACCGGAGAAAUUUUUAGAGCAACAGAAGAUCAAUUUCGAUUUGAUAGUUUGUGGAUAUACAUCAAAGACAGUACUUAUUUCAAUGCACAAAUUAUCGAAAUUCGUAGACGUCAAUCAGUUACCUGAGCAAUUCGGAGGAACUUUAGGAUAUGAUCCAGAUGCAUGGCUUUCCAAGAGAAUAGAAAUUAAAAAGUGGCAGAACUAUCUAGCAGAGGUUGAUACAGAUGGUUCCAGACAUAAUCCAGAUGAGGAUCAAACACUAGAUGAAUUCGUUUCAAAACUCCAAGCUACAAAACUGGUGGAAGAUGAAUACGCAGCUAAAUCGUUGAAAAAAUCCAUUCGAGAAUUGAAAGCAAAAGAAGAGGAGAAUAGCAAAGAGGGAUUGAUUAAGGAUCAUACAGCUGGAGUUUCUGAUUUUUUGGAUUGGAUUGAGGGAAGUGGAGAGAAAUGGUUGAAUUCGUUGUGUCAAGUGGCAGAUAAUGUGGAUGAGGCGGAGGGUUUGGUGAAGCAGCAUGAAGAGUUAACGAAUAAAACAAAGGUGGGUCACAUUAUGAGAAGAUAUGUUAAAAUGAUGGCGCUAUCAUUCAUGAACAAAUUUCGACUAUCAUUUCUUCAGGAAAUCGAGGAACAAAGUCACCAGCUAGCCGAAAUAGCUACUCGAUUGAUGGCUGCAUGCCCUCAAGUAGCUAUCGUUCUUCAAAAGACUCGCGAACAAAUUCGAGACGUCGCAGAGCAUUUUUCUUACCGAGUAGAAGCCCAAACUCAAUUCGCCGUUUCAAACAAAAACUUCCGUGAAAAAGUUGGCGAAUUCAUCAAAAAAUCCGACCAGAUGCUAGAAAAAGUGUGCGCUGAGGAUGAGAAAACUGUGAAACCAAUUGAAGAAUUGACAUCGACAAAGAAGGAAUUGGAUGAGCUCGUUAACUCGAUGAAUGUUGCUUACGAGUCAGCAAUGGACGCCGGAGAGGAUACUGUAGCAAAAGCUCGUCAGUACGCAGAAGUGCUUCCAGCUGAAGAAUUCGUUGCUCAUAUCGCAUCUAGUCUUAAUUACCUUUCACAGAAGCAGAAUAGACAUAAUGAACUAGCUAGUGUGAAACGUCUAGAACAACAACAACAUAUCCAAUUAAUGACCACUUAUGAAGAUUGUGAUCAAGCGAUUAAAUGGCUUGGCGAGCUGAAAAAACACUUCACAGAGAGUAUAAGCACAUAUCAAUACGGAAAACAGUUGUUAUCGAUGGCCAAAAAUAGUGAAAGAUCAUCCAUGAAAGAGGGAUCUACAGAAGAGAGAAAAGAGAAAUUGGAGGCAGCAUGGAAGGAGUUGGAUUUAGCGAUUCAGAAUAAUGAGCAGAGAUUAAAAGUAGUCGAGUCAUUUAUGGCAACGCAUAGACAGGUAAUUAAAGGACAUCAGGACAGAAACCAACACAGAAACUUUCAGAUGAUGGAAAGAGUAAACGAAAUUGAGAGAUCUCUUCGAGAACGUCUUCGAGUCAGUGGAAAACUGAAUUCCAUAACUUUGAGCACGGAAAGAAAACGAUUGAGGCAUGAUGUGGAUGAGCUUUCAAAGUGUGGGAAUUUGUUGUCAACUCAGAUCAAUGCAGAUCAUACAACUACGGCCCAAGAUAGGCAAAAUGCCAUUAAACAAAUAUCCGAUAAGAUCGAUGAGGUUAUGACGGCUCAACGAAGGAUGGAGAGUUUGAUUGGAGAAGAAGAGGAGGCUGGAUCCAGCUCUUCCGGAAAGGAGAAAAAGCAACAAAUUACCUCUAGAAAACCAUUUUUGAGAAAAAAUAUUGAAAACUACUCGAGAUACAGAGAAAAAUCUGAAAAUCAUACUCCUCGGAAAUCCCGCCCACUAUCAAAAGUUCCAGAAGAAGAAGGUGGCGACUUGUCUCCAGUUUUCCCUCGAGCUGUCCGUUUGCUCGAAACCAAUGAAGGAAUUGCUCCGGCAAUUCGUCUCUCGAAAAACGAAUCAUACCUCUGA